AAAGAUGGCGACGGUUGGUUGUAGCUUCAUAGAGUUUAUCAUGUUUAGUUGUUUAGAAUGAUAAUCUUACGUCAAUAGGACCGUAACUUUUCUAUAUGCAUAAAUACUGCUGUGUUUUUGACGCUGUGUAGGUGUGACGCUCUAAAAAUGAGCGGCUGGGCCGGUUUUUCUGAGGAGGAGCUUCGGAAGAUGCAGCAGCAAGGCUCAGCAAUGCCCGCAGCAGCAGCAGCCCGCGGGCGGAAACCGGUUCCAGCCAACCGGAGUCGGCAACAGUUACAGCGGGAGAGGGCCCUUCAGAUAUCCGCUCAAAAAAACGGAGCCGGGUCUCUUUGCCUCCCAACGGAGCAACAGCUCAGCAAACCCCCGCCAGCGAAAGAAGACCCCGAGCCUCAGCCCGCUGCCCCUCCAACAGCGGCUGCGGCCGACAGACACAGACCCACCGAGAUGAAGCCUGCUCCGGCGGAGGAGACCCCGGUCGUCAAAGAGCUGGAGAAACCAGAGGUGGCACUACGGGAAAAGACGCGCCUGGAGCAACUGCAGCAGGAGCAAAAGACAAUGGAAGAGAGGAAUAAACGCAAAAAGGCUCUGCUCACAAAAACGAUCGCUGAGAAGUCCAAACAGACUCAGGCAGAGGCCGUGAAGCUGAAGAGGAUCCAGAAGGAGCUUCAGGCCCUCGAUGACAUGGUGUCCAAUGAUAUCGGCAUCCUGAGAGUAAAGAUAGAACAAGCGAGCUGGGACUACUCUGCUGCCAGAAAGCGAUAUGAGAAGGCAGAGGUGGAGUACGUGACAGCCAAGCUGGAACUACACAAGAAGACUGAGGUGAAGGAGCAGCUGACAGAGCACCUCUGCGCCAUCAUCCAGCAGAACGAGCUACGCAAAGCCCAUAAGCUGGAGGAGCUGAUGCAGCAGCUGCAUCUUCAGGCCACUGAGGAGGAGAUGGAGAUGAAGAGGCAGGAGGAGGAGGAGGAGAAGAAGAAGAUGAUGAUGAUAGAAAGCUGCACAGAGACGCAAAGGACCGGUUCAGCCGAGGACCAGGAGGGAAUGGUGCAAUCAACCAAAGACUGUCCACCCGCUGCGGAGGAGACCGUGACGGAGGAGAAAGGAGGGGACGUCCUGCGAGAGCUCCACCCGACGACUGAACCGGCAAAGACGGAACACGACUGUCAAACACUAGAGAACUCUGUUCAGAGUGGUGCUGCAGCCUCCUGAUGCUCAGGAAACGCAAUGGAUCCCACCGCACCGCGUGAGUCAAGUAAAGCAGCGCAGCUCUCAGCCUCAGGAAGUGAGGGACCAGCAGAAAUUCUCUUUUGGUUUCCCGCCAAACUGAGCCGGAUCAAACGUGUCCCCUAGAAGUGACGGGUCUGCUUCCCCUGAGUUGAUUGUUAAAUCUUUUGGGUUUGGGAAGAUUGUGCUUUUAUUUAUUGAGACGGUUUGAUUGAGCUGUGACCUUUUUCAGAGUCUUCCCGUUUUUAACUGACACGUCUACUUAACAAAGUGCUGGUUGGGCCACGUAUAGAGUUUUUGUCCCAAGGGGGGAAGUAGCUUCCACAGAUUUUAAACUUUAGGGGUAAAGUUAGAUUAGGGAACGGGGGAGAUUUGUACUUUACAAGGUAUUGGGUCUAUUUGAGUAGAACAAUAUUUUUUACUUGAAUAUCUAAACUUGACUUCAACUAUGUGGUCAGAUUCAUAAUCAUGUGUACCCAUUCUCUGAUCUUACUAUUAUUUAGCCAAAAUUUGAAAUUUGAGAACUUAAGCUUCUUUGGUUAAAUGUGUUUGUGGGAGCGGGGGUGGGAAGACUAUUUAUUUUGAUGAAACCAUAUCACACCCAGGUCUCAGUAUGUGCACACCUGCAGGAUCAGAACCAAUCCUAUUAAUCAUCAGAGUCAGAGUAUCACCCAUCCACCAUUGUCAAUCGGUCACAUGACAUCACAUGUGAACGGCCUCAUUCUAAACCUGACCGUCUUCCAUUGUUGUCUCACUGUUGCCUCAAUAAAAGAUGGGACCUGUCUACUUUCUGGCCCAAACGUUGGAGCCUCCUGACUUCCGCGCCGUAGGCCGACAUGUUUGCCGGCGCUGGGCUCAAAUCUAAUUCUCGUGUUGUCAGUUGAGCCGCGGGCCUCCCGACUGGUAAGACGAUAUCUGUUAAUGUAUGUGCACAUACUUACAGCCACAUGCCACUCGGCACAGUUUACCUUCUCCGGCUGCACGACGCGUCGACAAUCCUCCGAUGGUGACCUGCACAUACGUGUGCCUGACCAAAGUCUGCUGGUGUGUGACGCAAACGAUGAGAAUACGCAUAUUUAUUUGUAAUUGGGUCAAUAUUUAAAGAGGUGACAUUUAGAUUUACACUGCGGUAUAACAUUUUAAUAAAAUGGAAAAAAAAAAAAAAAAA